GCUCGUAUGAUGUAGAUCACUUUAUAAUACCACAUCAAUUCAUUUGGAUUUUUUUUAUCUUAGCCUACUUAUUAUUGUGGGCCAUUGCACCCCGCAUAUGCAUUUUUAUACACAACGUCAAAAACGUUUCAUAAUUUAGGCUGACAUUUUCUCGACUGCUUGUAGAUAUCUGGAGAUAUAUGGACACACUCCCAUUUUGCAUAUUGCAUAAACAAGACAAUUUAUUUAGAUGGGAAAUAUAGAGAGCUCGAGAGGAGGAGAGCUUCGUACAGCCUCUUGGCGGAUUGAUUUACACCCCAUUGACGCUUUAUCAGGCUCGCGAAAAAAGUCUGACCAAUCAGUUCGCUCGGAGCGCACACCAUAGCAGCCCGGCUCUACUUUGUUGGCGAGCGAGUAGAGAGGAGUACCGUAAAGAGGGGAGUAAAGCACAUUUCUAUUGUACAUGUUUUCCCUUUAAUGAACAGUACGUUAUAUAAUGUCCGAGAAUGUCCAUUUCUGGAACUCUAAGCAACUACUAUGUCGAUUCUAUCAUAAGUCAUGAGGGAGAAGAUCCGAACGCGUCCCGCUUCUCCAAUGUACAGUACUCCAGCGCUAGACAACCGGGACCCGGCGAGCAUCCCGAGUUCCCCUCUUGUAGCUUCCAGCCUAAGCCUCCAGUGUUCAGUUCGUCAUGGAGUCCAUUCAGUUCCCACGCGUCCAAUGGCUUACCCGCGGUCUACCAUCCCUACAUACCGACGCAGCCAGUGCCUUCAACGGAUACUCGAUACCUCCGCACAUGGCUCGACUGUGCACCGAGAGCAGAGCCGCUACCCGCGCAAGGACAGGUCAAGAUGGAGCCGCUCCUGGGACAUCUCGGGGAACCACCAAAACUCGUCGGGCAGCAUGAGUUUAUCUUGGAGUCCUCUACAGCACGGGAGAUGAAUUCUGGUCACAGCGCCGGAUUUGAAGACAAUAAGGACAUAUGCGAAGGCAGCGAGGACAAAGAGGGACCGGAUCAGAACGACCCAUCUGCCAACUGGUUACACGCCCGAUCAUCCCGGAAGAAGCGAUGUCCAUACACGAAAUAUCAGACCUUGGAGCUAGAGAAGGAAUUUCUGUUCAAUAUGUACCUCACGCGAGACCGGAGGCACGAGGUAGCUCGCCUGCUGAACUUGACAGAGCGACAAGUAAAAAUAUGGUUCCAAAACAGAAGGAUGAAAAUGAAGAAAAUGAAUAAGGACCAGCCCAAAGAAUGAUAACGCAGACUGGUGCCAGGCGUUUAAGCCUUCUACAAAGACUCUUUUAAAUGGAAGCUGAUGCAAGAGUGUUUUACUGCAUCAAAAUGAAAACGCACUGCACACACCAUUUUCCGUAUGACUGGACAGUGUUAUGCGUAGAGUAUAAGGAAGAGGUGAAACGAUGCAGAGGAGGGGGAAAACGUCGUGCCAUCUCUCCCUACUUUUAUUGCAUUUUAUGACUCGUGUGAAAGAAACGAAUACUUCGUCAGGAAAUAAACAGGUGAUAAGGAACUGGUUUCAACAGGAUAAGAACAGCUGAAAAAUUGUGCUUUUAUAAAGUUGUUCUCUAUAUUAGUAUUUUUCAUCAUUCCUUUUGCCAUGGACGUGUGCCGAUGAUGUAUUUUAAAAACAUAAGCCUCAUUCAAUAUACAAGGGAAGUUCUGCUUAUCAGUAAAGCAUGUUCACUUGUUUGUUAAUCGACGUGAUCUCUCUUUUACAUUAUUAUUAUUGUUAUUAUUAUUAUAAGAGGAGAAUAAAACAGCCGUUUGCUCGUUUAGUCUAUAUCGUGAAUCAGUUAUUAAAGCGUACAUAUGCUAACAGGGUUUUAAAAACCUUUGAAGUUUACUAAAUACUUUCCUCUUGACAUUUACGUGUGUGCAAAGAUCUAUGGUAGAUGCACAUAAUAAAAUCUGUUGGUUGAUUAGAAUUUAAGGAUAAUAAUAAUUUCCAAAUUUGCCCUCAGAUCUUUAGCUUCGUUCAACAGUGUUUGUAUCGGUUGGGGUUCAAAUGAAGAAUCAAACUGAAGUAAUUAAAUACAAAUGAAUUGAGUUGUUUUACCUUAUCAUUUUCAAAUAUCCCGAAAUAAUCCUUUUGAGAAUUAGAGUGCAGGUUCCGACUGUAGCCUAUGUAUUUGUAGCGUGCCAGUAACCAUAGAAUUAAUUCGUGCUUAAAUGUGUAACAACCUUUAAUACAGAUUCGGUCGCAGUUGUUUACAUAAAUUUGCGCAUGCCUCGUAUUGUGUAGUUUUCUUAUGUACGUGUUAUUGGAAACGCUAGUAUUAAUUCGAAGUUUUUUGUUUUAUGUGCAGUCUAUAGGAUUGUAAUUUUAAUUUAUUGUAAAUAGGUUAAUCGUUUUUUUCUUUUCAAUGGAAUGUUUUAUAUGUUGUAAAAAUUCAUACUUGAAUGAGCUGAUACACGUAACCUUUUAAUUUUUCUAUUUUGUUUACACGUUCCUUGUAUGUCCAGAAUCAUGUCCGUUGUGCAUUGUCAGUGAUACUUUUAUCUGUAUUUGGUCGUUCCUUCCUAUUGCUUUAUUGCUUUAGAGAAAUGUUUUAUGUUUUUGUGUGAUUUGACUUUACUGAAAUCGAGCGAGUCUAUCUUCAAAUGUCAAAAAC